GAGUGAGUGGAAGAGCGAGCUUGAGGAUAUACCGAACAGAAACAGUUGCAAAACGCGGUCAGCAACAACAAUCGAUACAGACAUAUGUGCUCUCCCCGACAUCGAUCGACGGCUUUGACAUUACUACCAAGAGGGGUCGACAGCAGCUGCAUAUCAGGUCUCCUACUUCAGAGGCCAAGGCGAGGGCCAGUUUCAACAGUUGACCUCGCAACAGCCCUCCGGGGCUCACAAUUAUCAUUCUUUCCAUACAGACUCCGGCAACCAGCCAGAGCGGUUCGCUCUGGCGGACCCCAUGCAUCGGCACGCUGGCGGGCCACUAUAGAGUUCAGGCGGAUUACAAUGACUACUCACCACAGGAGUCGCAUCCGCCGCAGCAAAGCCAGUCAUCGCAUGCUUACGAGCCGCACCACCCCCGAUCUCUCGCCGGUCCGUCCACACUGCACGACCCCACGGAGCAUCACGCCCAUCAUGUGUCAGGGCACUCACAUCAUCCUCCGGCCCUUCAUGGACUGCCGCAGCAUCGCUCAACUCCAUCCCACCACCACCCGGUGCUGCUAGAUCCGGUGCAGAUGAGCAGCCACUCGGGGUCGCGGCACAUAGGACACCAAACGCCGACGCAGUAUGGGGCUGGUCCAUCGCCUCAUUCAGUGGUCCCACCACCGCUCUACCCGUCAAUGACACCGACACAGUCAGGCCCGAGCAGUGGCAUCAAGCGAUCCCGACCCGAUGAUCUCGAUCUCUCAGUCCCCGGCAUCGCCGAGCUUGACCAAGGCGAGAUGGACCCAAUGCAGCAGUCACAGCACAUGGGUGCGUCAUAUGCGCAAUCUGCAUCGACGCCUCAACAUCAUCACCACCGUAUGCCUGAGACCGGUCCUCCCUCAAAGAUGAUGCGCCGGGAUUCCCAAGGAGCUGGUGGCGUUGGUGGUGGCGCACCAAGCGUGGUGGGCCAGGCAGGCAUGCCACCUCCGGCCCAAAGACCCAGAGGACCAAAGUUAAAGUUCACAGCAGAAGACGAUGCGCUCUUGGUGGACUUGAAGGAAAACAAGAGCCUCACAUGGAAGCAGAUCGCCGAGUUCUUCCCUGGGAGGUCCAGUGGCACGCUGCAAGUGCGCUACUGCACCAAGCUCAAGGCCAAAACGACGCAAUGGACAGAGGAAAACGAUCAAAAACUUCGAACAGCUCUGCAAGACUACGAGAGGGAAAAAUGGAGAAUAGUGUCUAGCAAAGUAGGCACCGGCUUUACACCAGCUGCUUGCCAGGAGAGAGCCAUAGCACUAGAGGGAGGCGCGCCGCAUGGACAUCCACUUGGAAGUCCCUUAUAGCAAUCAGCGUCUCCUCCAGGAGCCUCGGCUUCUGGAGGGGACACCACCGGAUACACGCAUCAACCAGCGACACAUGAAUCAUCCCACACCACCGGAGCUUACACGCAUCAACCACCAGCUUCCGAGUCGGGACUUCACUCCGGAUACUCGAAUCCGCCGCCUUCCACUCACGCCCCCAGCCACCAUAAUAUCUACCACCCCACCCAGCUUUAGUAGUCAACCUGGAUGAGAGUUCGGGACCGGGAUGGGCUGAUUAUGCGCGAAAAGCAAAAUACUCACGAUGGGGCACCGGUGAGAUCGACAUACAUACAGCACAGACAGCUCAGCGGCCCCAUGGCUUCUGAGCGCCGUGCCAGCAUUCCUCAGGGGAAACAACUGACUAAACCAGCAAUGUUCUGGGUCAUUCAGCUUGGCCAGCCCCUCCAAAGUUGCGACCUUGCGACCUUCUGCCUCGGCGGAUUCUUUUUUUUCUUUUCCGUUUCUUUUCCCUGACUACCCCUUGUUUCCUUUUCUAUUUCUUUGCUUUGUGGACCAAGACCUAAAAUCGUUCGCCCUAUAGAUGUUCUUCCUUUUUUUUUCUUUUUUUUCGCUUUUCUUCUCUUCCUGUAGUACGGCUCGGCUUUGCUUCAGGCGGGAUAAUUUCGAGAUACCCUCCCCGGCCGGCAGCAUGUGUCGAUGAUUUACAGAAGUUGGUUUGUUACACUUGAUUGGCUUUUUUAUUUUCUUAGGAUAUGUGGUGAUGAACAUAGAAAGGGGGAAUACCCGGGUGCAUUUUAAAAGACUUUGCAUUUAUAUCAGAGAUAAGGAUUGGCGCGCGCACAUAAUAUGAUCCUCACGUUUAUAC